GCCGACCUGGACGACGAAGUCUGGCCAACCUUCGAGGACUUGACGCCGUUCGAGGUGGAGCACUUCGUGCAAGACUUGCAGGAGUUCAAGCUUGAGAGCGUGGGCGAUCCGCGCUGGCUGACGCAGCACGAGAGGGUGGAGAAGUUGAAUUGGACUGCACACAACCAGGCCAAAGAGGGCUUGGAUGAGUUUGUGGUCGACCAGUUCAACACGCAGGAGAAGGUGCCUGCCCUGAUCUACGACCUCAUGCUCAUCGAGGUAUGGAAAGAGCGCAUCUGGCCGCUGAUCAAGGCCAAGAUUGCGAAGUUCAGCUCACUCCGAACGUACAUUCCAGUGUACCACGAGGCGUCGGUCGCCAACCUGCUAGAGGUCUGCCUCUACCACCGCACCAGCUGUGAGGAGGCCGGGGAUGCUCUCGUCGACUUGGUUGACUACUGUGUCCGAAAGCUGAGGUACCUAGUCUGCACACCCAACGAUGAGCUCGUUCGGCAAGUCGCCUCUGCCAAGGAGUGCACGGAAUGGGACAACGUGCGGAUGUUGGAUGAGCAGUUCGUGGAAUGCGAGUUUCAGAUUUGCAUGUGCGUGAUCUCCAUCAUCCGCUUCCUCACCGACCAUCGUGUGGCAGUGCCCCUGGCGGUGACGACACGCCUGCUGGAAACCCACGACAUUCUUCUGCUUCUGGUCCCUCUCAUGGAGAAGGCUCCUUGGGUCCGGCGAAAUCGCAUCAACGGAAGGAUUGAGAAGUUCGAAGAGCACAAGUGGCAAGUCGUGGAGGCAGAUGACGAGGGUCGCCUGCCGAAGCUGCAGUCGCAGGUUUGGCUCUCCAUCUACAACUUAGUGAUGGACGCUGAGUGCCGUGCCCGCUAUGAGUUGACCUCCUUCCGGAGAGAAAACCUCCUGCGGUUGAGGAGAUAUAUCAACGAGGUGGUGGUCGACCAGCUGCCUCCACUGACGAACCUGCACCGGGCAUUGGAGGAGCUCUCCAUUUCCGGUCAGUUCACCGGCGCCGGGGAUGUGGCUCCCACACCCUUCGUUGUCGAGCUCGUGGCCGAGGCAAGGGAAGCCAUCGUCCGCACCUAUGAGGGUCGAUGGCAGGAGGUGGCCGACCAGCAGCUCCAAACGGUCUUCGUGAAGGAGACUCCUGACGAGCUCAAGAGGUUGACCAACAUGAUCUCCAUCCCAAAGGAGCUCUUCGAUGACGGUCCCGAGCCACCCGAGCUUUCCGGGACCUCAGAUGCAGUCGCCGCGGCUCAGUCAAGCUCCGUGGCGUCAGCGGAAAGUGCAGCCUGGGAGGCCGUCACAAAGCUGGCCCUCGUUCGCUCUACAGCAUCUUUUUUCGCGGCAGCCAAAUCGGAGGAUGCACCACUCGAUGAGGUCCUGGUCCUCUCCGCGCCAGCUCAGCCCACUCCUGGCCCUGGCGGCCGGCUGAAGUUGGAGAUCACGCGCUCGCGAAAGGGGCAGCUUGGCAGAACCGGCGACAAGUCAAGGAGCGGUGCCGCUGCCGAUGCCAACCUCCUUGCAAGGCGGGCAGAGUCCGGCGGCGAGGACUUCCUCUUGGCUGUGGCUGCAGAUGGUGUUCCAGCUGACAAGGUUCAAAGCGUUCCCUUCGUUUCCCAGAAGGGAGCUUCCAGGACCGCCGAGCAGCUGCGGAGCUUGCUGUCCAAGCCAGGGCGAGAAGAUCUCCUGGAGAUGUACUCCGAUGACAUCGCAGAGUUUUCCAUCCCCGUCGGCCUAAGCGCUGGCGAAGAGGAGGCCCUCGAACCUCGCUUCGUGAGCUGGCUGGGCUUGCAUGUGUGA